AUGAUCCAAAUCUCAUCCUUGAUGGUUACCUUUGGGCUCUCGUUGCUGUUAUGGCCCAACGUCAUGUUAUCCAAUGCUCAUCCACUUGUGCGACGUGUGGAGAACAUUGACAUUCAAGUGACAUCCAACGAUAACUUUUGCUCCUACCUUCCUCCAUCACCAGGUGAAACCAUUGCCAAAGGAGAGGGCAAUGCGGUGCCAUUUUGUACUCAGAAACAGGAACCAGGAACACGUACUUUCCCUGAAGGGUUCAUCGUUUCAUCCCACUUUGAUCAGACAGACACCUACGUUCAGGUCACGGGGCGCAUUGACCCAUCGAAAUAUGAGUUAUCGGAAUCGGAUGGAGGUGGUCAAUACGAUAACAAGAAUGAACACGGUGGUACAUGCAAUGGAUACAAGUACUGGGUUAAUCUUGUUGAGCCUGCACAAGGCACAUUUUGUAUUCGGUGUUGUGAAAAUCGCGACGAUUGUAAUACUGGCAUAUCAGAAGCCGGUUGUGAAGGCAUCAUCAAAGGUGCCGAUUAUAGCUAA